UCAUAACUUUCAAAAAUAUUAGAUUCAAAACAAUUUUAUAAAUCAUAACAAUUUUAUAUGACUAACAGUGAAAAUGAACGUUUGCAGAAUUUGUCUUACACUCGCUGUCGAAAAAGACAUAAGCCUUUUACCUGACCAAUUGGAAGAAAACACUCAAACUUAUUCAGAUAUUAUGUUAUUUUGCUUAGGUAUACAGAUCCAAACAGAGCCUAAACUAACAUCGAAGUUGUGUGGUACAUGUUUUUUGAAUAUACUAUCGUUCUAUAAGUUUAAAACUUUAGCAUUAAAAAAUGAUGAAUAUCUACGAUCACUUCAAGAGAAAAAAGAGAAGAUUGAAGUAUUUGUUAUAAGCGAUAUUAAAAAAGAAGAAACACUUAACUUUUUGAAUGAUGAAGACAUACAACAAGAUACUGUUUUUAAAUUAGAAUUAGAUGUAAAAGGGGAAAAUAAUUUAGAGGAACUGCAGUCAGAUGAUGAGCUUCUUAGUGUUAUAAAACAAUUAAAAUAUGAAAAUUCAAUAGGAGAUAGUAAAGAAAAUGAACUUUUAACGCAAAAUAAAAAAACAAAGAUAAAAAGCAAAAAACGUAAAAAUGAAUUGGAAAAACCAAACCAAAUGUGUGAAGCAUGUGGUAAGACUGUGCGGAACUUGAAAGAACACAUGUUCCAGCACAAACCUUUGUUAAUAAGGAAGAGAUACCAAUGCAAAGCGUGUGACAAGAUGUUUUCCAGCUGCAGUUCACGUCUCAAACAUUAUAAAAUCAAACAUCUAGGUAUUAAACAACACUGUGAUGAAUGUAAUAAAGAUGUUGUUAAUUUAUCCUCUCAUCGUAUGGUGGUUCAUAAAACAGCACUGCUACCAUUUGAAUGUGUUCCAUGUGGCCGAAGAUUUCUAUCCAAGUCAUUACGAGAUCAGCAUACACUCAUCCAUACAAAGGACAGACCUCAUGAAUGUGAUCAGUGCGACAAAGCCUUUAGAAGUAAUAUUGGUUUGACUCAACACAAGCGACAAGUUCAUGAUAAAGAAAAAUCACAUUUAUGUCAGUUUUGUUCGAAGAGGUUUUUUAAGAAAUAUCAUUUGCAAAUACACAUAAGGAGUCAUUCCAAGGAGAGACCGUACGAAUGUCCAGACUGUGGGAAGUUCUUCUCUACAACCUCGAUACUGAAGAACCACAGGCUGAUACACACAAACGUCAAGAUGUUCGCCUGUCAACUUUGCGAUAUGACAUUUUGCAAACCAGGGUAUUUAAGGAACCACAUGGUCUGUCAUACCAAAGAGAAGCGUUACUCGUGCAAGUACUGCGGGCUGCUGUUCGGUCGCUCCGACCACCGCCUGCGCCACGAGCGCACCUCGCACGAGCGGCACAUACUGCCCGCGGCAUGACCUCUACGAACUACAAAGAGCUCUCAAUAUUAUGACUAACAAUUAAAUUGACCCUAAAUUUGAAUAUAUUAACAAAAUAACCUUUCUUUCAAGUUGGUUUAAAAACAUUUAACGUCAGAGUCAAAACUUUUAUUCAAUUAUACCCGUUAUUUAUUGUUAAUUCACACUCAGAAUAUAUUCUUUUAAUAUAAAUACAAUACAUAAUUAUAAUCGACUGAUUACGAAACAUGGCAACAUUGCAGGAGAAUUUGUUCUUGAAGUCAUUAUACAGUGUGAUUGUAAAAAAAUCUAUCAACGGUUAAAAUAUGAUACUUGCUAAAAGGCCUUUAGAAAAGAACGCAAAAGAA